UACAUCACUUUAACUCAGUCACUUCAUUUAACCAUGAGUGGAGCUCCAGCUGGCCCAGCUGGUACGGGGAAAACAGAAACCACCAAAGAUCUUGGACGUGCCCUUGGCAUGAUGGUUUACGUAUUCAACUGCUCAGAGCAAAUGGACUACAAAUCCAUAGGAAAUAUCUACAAGGGAUUGGUGCAGACAGGGGCUUGGGGCUGCUUUGAUGAAUUCAAUCGAAUUUCUGUGGAAGUCCUGUCCGUGGUGGCCGUACAAGUGAAACUGAUACACGAUGCCAUCAGAAACAGGAAAAGGAGCUCCGAAGACUGUGCCUGUAGGGGCAUCUCAAGACUCCACUUGAUGGCGUGUGGGCCUGUUAGAUUCAAUAGAUCCAAAAUCGAAAUCCUGGUCUCUAGCAACACCUGCUUGCUCAUUGCUCCCUCACA